AUGUGCACAUCGGAAGAACUACGUCGCAAUGCAUUGCGUGCGCUCACGAUCAAGGAGACACAAGAUAUGCUAUGUAAAUUUCUCAAUUUUCUCGAGACACGAUUAGACUACCCAAAGAAGCCAUGUAAAACAUACGCAGCGUCACAGCACCAGAAACUACUGUCUGCGACUAUCGCUACUCUACUGAUGACAGCUGCGACUGCACAUGUAGGAGAGCCGAGCUUAUCACCUACUUUAGUCAUGGCACUCAUUGAAAAGCAACGGAAGCUACCUUCCUAUGCAGAUUCUUGUUCACAUUCAGUCCCACCACUAGAUCGAUCCGCGAUAUCGCUGUUUCAAGAAGCAAGUACGCCCUACACGGGUCAGCAUUUACAGGACUGGCGUAGCCGUCUCAAUUCAGAGCUAGAGAGUCAAAAUCAUUAUCAACGGGACUUAAUCAUACGGUCAGUAGCACAAAUUUGUCAAGACCUAGAAUCCCGCUGCUCCACUGUCGAAGAGCCACUACGGAGGGAGCGAGAUAAGACGGCCGAGCUCGAGGAAAAGGUCGCCGAGCUUUCAAAGCAAGUCUCGGUACUGCAGUCCCGAAUAUCUGACGACGAACUACAUCUCCAAGGCCUGGAUGAUGAGAAGGAGCUCCUAGAGAAAGAGAAACGUGAAAUGAGUGAUGCAAACAAGAGAUUGAUCUUGAGAAUCGACAACCUCAAAAAUGAAAUUGCUGAAGCAGACGAAAAAGCGAAAGAGACUCUUAGGAACAUGGAGCAAUUAUAUGCUGCUAGAGAAGUCGAGCGUGAAGAAGAGUACCGUGCCUGGACUGUGCGACUGAAAGAGUUGAAUGGCAUGAUGGAUCAUAUGAAAGUUACCCAGGAGGAGAAAGAGAGCGCUCUGCGUACUCUGAACGGACAGUAUGCGCAACUGCAAAAUCGACUCAAUGAUAGCGAGCAACAACUGCAAAAUGAGCGAAUAACCACAUCCAGACAGGCCGGCGAACUCACCCAUCUCCAGACUCGAAACUUCGACAUGGAAACACAAUUACGAGGCACAGAAGAAGAGCUCGAGCUUACCGUGUCUAAACUGAGUGAGCUCCAGGUCAGCCAUCAGGAGUUGAAGGAAUCAUCAGAGGAAGUGUUGAAAAAGCUGAAGAUGGAGUAUAGUAAUAACAUGGAGGCCGCUGUCGCAUGUGCUGAGGCAGAAAAGACCAGUUUACAUAGUCAACUGCGCGCCGCCCAACAAGAAACUCUGCAGCUCCAAGGCGCCUACGAUGACAUGUAUCGAGAAGGUCAACUUCUGCAAGCCUCGAUAUCGUCUUUGGAGGUCCGCACACAGGAGCUUACCGAGCUUUGCUCUGAGCAAGAGGAAGAGUUAUACGAGCUUAGAACACUGCGUAGGAAUGUGUUGGCUUCUAUGGGCCUAGGAACUCAGAACCCUCUGGCAAUGCGCUCGCCGUCUCGAUCAGAGGGAAAAGGUGUCGAUCCUCAGACUCCACGUGGAUCACGAGAACUUCGACAUCACCCACUAGUUCCUCCGACUCAGGGUACCGUGCCGAAGGCCGCCCCUUGUGCCCAGGACAUCAGAGAUGCCGAUAUGGAUGCCAUCACCGAUCAGACUUUCGCAUCAUCAGGAGCAAGUUCCUUUCAGAACAGGGAUCGCAAUCCAGUACGGCCCAAGCCUUACCCGCCGUUCAAGGUCCCUACCAUGCAUACUCCGUCCGUGCCAAAGGCCAAUACCGCCUCUAAAUCAACAUCAAGGGGACUGUCGCCUAGCAAGCGUUCAGUCUUGAGACAGGUGUCUCCGAAUCGCCGACAUACAACUGUUGGCUUUACUCCAGCAGAGAAAGCGAUAGGCCAAGGAAAUCGAGGACGCUCGCUAAGAGAUAGGCGAGGCAGCUUGGAGGCUUUUGAGCAAGCAGAUGUUGACAUGGAAGAAGACUUUAUGGCCGGUACACCUCUCACGCCGGGUAACUUCCUGGCAGGGACGGGCCGAGUUCCGGAUGAUGACGAGACUGCCACUGAGUUGUGA